CGAGGACAUACGACUACGACAAUAGAAUAGCGACUUCCCGCUUAUCAAGUUAGACCGGAAAAACGGCCGAAGUACAUGUUUGGCAGAACACCUUCAAAGGGGGGGCCCCAAAAUAGUUGAUAAUUGGGGGCAUCAACUAUAUUGAUGCCACGUCGCGUAUCCCGCCGCACUCUCUACCACCUCCGCAACAGGGGGCCAAUCAUUUUGCAUUCGACACCGAUAACACGCCGGCUUCUGCACCUCGGUUAUGGUUUUUGUUUUCGUCCCGAGGCUUCGGUCCUCUGCAGGAUCCCACUCGUUUCGUCCGUUUCGUAUUGCGCCUUUACAGAACCGACAUUGAACUGCGCUGCCGCCUCCGCACGCGCGCGCCGCAACCCGGGCAGCCACUUCCUCAGCCUGGGGGCGCUGGCUCCGCCUGUUGUCUGUGCCCGCCUCAUUGUUGCAGGCGGCCGAGCAGCACGGCCAGCCAGGUAAUGAGGCAGAUUUGUACCCCCGCCAAGAGGAGCAAAAUUAGCAAGGCCACGUCCCCCGCCGCCUGCGCCGCAGCACUGCGCCGCCACCGAGAGAGGGGUCGGGCCCAGUCCCGCCAUCCGCCGGCGCGCCCCGCGUGGAAGUCGGCGGCGAUGUCUUCUGCAAUUUCGCCCGCCCGGGCGCUUUGAAUGUAUUUGGCGUAUUCGGUUUCGGUCUUGUGCCCCGAAACGCCCCGCACGUCGCGCCCCUGUUUUGUGGUUUUGGAGGAUUUUUGCUCCGCGCGCGCGCUUACUGCAUGACAUUGGACCCCGGCGGGCCACGGGUUCCCAAGCUGUGGGGCGGUGGCCGCCGCGGGGUCUUGUUUGGCGCCGCGCCAAGCAAGAGCCCGGGCGCGGGGCUGCCUGCGCCUCCUAUAUGUGCCGCCGCAGCGCCUGGCCGCGCUGCCGGGCCGGCUAUGCCCCGCCAGGCGCGCGGGCCUCUCAAAAAUAAAGCAAAGACAUUUGCGUACCGCGUGGCCGGCCUGUUCCGCCAGGGUCAUGCCGGUCCUCUUUGCGGAGUGUGACGUCGCCAACCGCGCUCCCCCGCCGCUGUUCGAUUGCGCCGCCGCAAGCGCGUUGCGGUAUGACUGAGGCCGGAGGGGAAUGGCGGGCUGCCCGGCAGGAGCGAAGCCGAACGCCUUCCCUUUUUUGUAGGUGGUGUUCUUGUAGGUGUACCGCCCCGCCAAAGCAUCCGCAACCACCCGAGCCACCUCCCCGGCAAUGGGGACGAUGCGCGGCUUCCGUUUGUUCCCGGUAAGCCCGACGAGGCGAACGGCGCCCGGGUGUGACUCAAAGUCCUCCCGCUGGAGCUGUAGCACCUCCGCCGCCGGCGCCAUUAGUGCGUAGGAGAGUAGCCAAGCGAGGUCGUGAGGCGUCGGGAGUUUCUCGAAUAUUGCGGCAAACUCCUCGGCGGUGAGGGCCCGCGCCUGGCCUCGGAUGCCCUUGCCUGUUGCCAUUUUCUCUGCUAGUGGAAUCCAAUUGCCGCGUGUGGUUUCUUAGCGUAAAAAAAUUUUGUCAGGGUGUUCUUAAAGAGUUGAGGCAUUGCACGCUGUAAGUAGUAUAUGAGCAGAGGCACACGAUAGAAAGCGGAAUAUCCGCGCCUUGAGAUCCCAACCCCCCGCCCCUCCUGCCCCGCCCCGCGCCCGGGGUUGUGCGCCGUCCUUCGCAGCCGCGCCCGCGUCUGCGGCGCCUGGCCGAUGUUCUUGUGCCGCGGCGAUGCGGGCAUGCAGUGCCCACUGCCUUACAGCCGGCGGCAGGGCCCGGCGGUGUUGGCUCUCGGCCCGGCCCCUUGCCGAUGCGUUUUGGCGGCCCGGUUUGCCGAGCCCGGACUGCCCCAGACCUCGCCCCCAGGCCCGGCCCGCGCGCCGUCGCCCUGCCCCCGGCGCGCCGGUCCCCGCCGGGGGUGCCGAAGCACUGCAGCAAGCACCGCGCGCGCGGCGCCUCUCCUGGCAAAAGUGCGCCCGAAAACGCGCGCCCCUCUACAGGUGCGGAGGCGCCGCGCCGUCGCCUCUUCGUGCGCCUGCCGGCAUGCUUGGGGGGCCGGGAGCCCCGUGGGCCUUGCUUGGCGCCCUCCCGCUGCGAAUCUCCUGUCGGCCCCGACCGCCCCCCGACCGCCCCUCGGGGUGGUCGAGGGUGCUUCGGGCGGGCGGUGGAAGGCCCGGCUGGCCCUCGCGCAACCACCCGCGCCUGAGAGCCGAAGCAGAGUAGGCCGCUUCUGUGCAGGCGCCCGCGCAGCUAAGGAUCGAUGGCAGCCAGCGGCCUCGGCCAGUUAUUGCCAAGCCCUGAAGCUUGCCGCCCGCUUUGCUAGUAUCUGUGUUCGUUCUGCUACCUGGCUGCGGACCAAAUUUAAGAACUCCCGCCUGUGUUUGUGCGGCGAUUUUGUGUUUUGUGUGAGCGCAUCGUCGUGGUUUGGAUCGUUUAGCUUCGUCGAGAACUCUGAUUUGUAUCGUGGCGCGAAAAAGUUUGGAUCUCCUCCUUGCAGAACAGUCUGCGCCUUCCGCUAACUCUCUUUGAGGUGGCUAACUUCGUGCACUACGCACCGAUUACAAAAUGGCCAAGACCGGCAGCAACAAAAAGGGCGCCGCCACUUCCGUGAAGGAAGUGUUCGAGCCGUCCUCCCUCGCGGACCUGAAGAAUGUCCUCAACCGCAUUCGCUUGGAGGACGACAAGGAAAUCAAGCCCUUCCAGGACCUGCUGCAGAAGGCCUCCGAGGAGUAUGUGAUGGCGCCGACGAAGUUGAAGAAGGAAAUUCCCAGCAACUUGAAAUGUAUUUUUUUAAUUUUUCCGCAUGACGAGCAUGACCUGCGGACCCUCGGGCCUACCUUCUGGCAUUCUGCAUGACAAAUUCGACAUCUUCCCACCCCCUUCAAUACCAUCUUCAAUGCAUGACAGAUUACGACGAACUGGCGAUGGAGCAACACAAACCGACCUUCAUCGAUUUGCUCGCGGGCAGCGGAAUGGUGGAGUCGAAGGAGGCGGCGAGAAUUUACAUCGAAAGAAAGGGCCAGGCGAAGCUGGUGGACCGCAUGAAGCUGAAACGGUGCCACCCCAUCGAAGACAAGCGCGUUCCGGCGGUGUGCAAGUUUCUCCGCGACCGCCUCCCCAUGGGGGCGGCGAAACGGGAAAAAGAGGAGCGCGCCCCGGUAUUGAUGAGGCUUACUAUUUUUCCUGCAUUUGUCAUGCGAAAAUCGCAGCACUUAGAACGUCUGCCAUGCAUAAAACAAUCUUAAGUGCUUCUACAUGCUUGUGUCUAGAUUUUCCCCGUACAACUCCCAGACCCCGCAGUUGAAGCGCUUUUGCUCCCGGACGGGGGGAGGCAGCAGCUCUUCGUCCGCGGCCGCCCCACUGGAAGAUAAGCACCAGGAUGAGCAGGAAAUGGAGGACAUGAUGCAGGAGUCGCUGAGCGAGGAAGACUCUUGGGAAAAAGAGAACAAUGUCGGGGGCAAGGAUGAGGAGGAGAAUGGCGGCGACUUCUCGGACGAUGAUGCCGAGAACGAGAAGUAGAGGUCUAGACGAAACAGGACUCCUCUACUUCAGCCGUAGAGGAGGCGCAACGAGAAACUUGACAACAGCACGCAUCACAAAUUUGGUUUCGUAGAUAAAUAUUUUGAGCAAUACAAACAACAACUUCAUACAUUCGUGAUUUUUUCAAACUGUCUGUGGCACACAUCGGGUGUCAGCUCUGAGGAAAACAGUAAUGUGCACCAGACCGAUCACAGUUGACGGAAUCGCAUCCGGGCAAAGAUUCCGCGUUGCCAAAAACUUAUCAAGCCGGGAAAAUGUCAAUGUCUUUUGAACUGGAAAAAAUAAGCUGUUGCCCUUCAGUUGGUUCGAAAAGAAAUGCUUGCGCCCUAUACGGCUUCUUGACGCGGGGGCAGCGCGUUCAGAGUGUUAGGACGGGGGGCAGAGCACGGGAGGGGCACUGUUUCACCCGGAAACGGCGCCGGUGGGCAUAGGCCCCGCGCCCGAGGCGCUUUUCGAGAUCUGGCGCGCGCGGGCAGUAUUUCUGCCCACUUUUGCAUUUCUCCGGGGGUCGGGAAAUGCGCCGGGCUGCCCUGGCCUAUGGGGCGCCUGGGGGCGGGGCGAAAAAGGCCAAGCGCGCCACUAGUGGCGCGCCAAAGAGGCACAGGCGCCGCGGGCCGGCCUCGAUGGCCUGCAGGGCCUCUGCCUGUUCUUCUUCAGACACGGUGGCACGCUCGUUUUUCCCUUGUUCGGAGGCCCCCGCGGACCCAAAAAGUGCCGCGUUGGCUCGUGUCUGAAGGAAAACAGGCGCGCUUUUUUUGCGCGCCCCGCUUGGGUUUUCGCUGUGCAGCGCGCAGAGGGGGGCCACCCCUUUCCGUUUGGCUUCUCUCCUUUAGCAUUUUUCUUCUGCCUGGGGCCAUUUUUCGGCCCGCUAUAGAGCCAAGGCCCGGGCUUUGGUGAAUUUGCGCGCCAUUCUGGCCCGAUGCGGGCCGCAGGGCGCCCGGUUGUCCGCCCUGGCCUCGGCAUGGGCCCGUUGGGCCGCCGGCCGCCCAAGCCGGGCCAGGGGCGGAAGGCAAAGCCCCGGGCACAUUCCCUGCCCUGCGCCCGCCGGGGGCCUGGCGCUUGCCGCGCGCGGCCUGCGCGCGUCGCGCGAAAUCAGGGCCGCGCCCGCCGGGCUUGUUUGCCCCCCCCCUCGAAUGGGGGGGCGGCCGGGGCCAUUUUUUCCGACGAAUUCCUCCCCCUUUUGGGGGGGGGGGUAUUUUCGGCCACAAAAUGGCCCAUUUUACCCCCCCCCUGUAGCAUCGGGGGAAGGGCCAAAAUUGCCCCCCCCCCAAAAAGCGGCAGAAUUCAUGCCAAAUCGCCCCCCCUUUUGCCCCCCCCCCGGAGGGGGGGGUCGAUGCCCUGUCCUGUGGGCCCUCCGGUGUCCCAUGCCUUCGCCUGCCCCCCGCGCGCGCCCGCUGCCUGUUCUGCUCGUGUACUAGCGCCGCCACAACAGAGGGACUUUCUGCAUACUACAGAGCGAAGUGCGCACGCGAGCUGCUUGAGGUUUCUGGCUUUAAACUUGUACGGCUCUGCGGCAAAUGAAUAGAAAAAAGGGCCCAACGAUGAAGCGCGAGCAACAUGGGAACCCUUCGGCCCUUCCAUAUCGUCGCCCAGUGAUCGGGGGCCGACCCUUCUGUCAGCUUUUCGUCUUCUGAGGGCGCUAUGGUGCGCCUCAACUGUAACAAAAUAUGGCUUCCGCGGUCCGCGACGAAAUCCAUUCCCCCGGCAAUAUGGGCGGAAGCAAUGACGGCCUCCAACCUGGAAAACCCUUCGCCGAGCGCUUCGGACGCCUCGGGGCGGGAACUGGUAUUAGCAAAAGCCUCAAGACCCCCCGCCCUCUUGGGGGGCCUUUUUCUGUUUUGCAUCCGCCCGGCUUGUCCUAGAUCAGGCCCGGCCUAUCCCGAUGUGCUUCGUUCGUGGGGCGUGCCGUGCGCACUCGUUUCAAACAGCCUGGCCGUGUCAUCUGUUCUUUCCAAUUUUGGGCCUACACUCAAAACAGGUAGCUUGGAUGAUAUUUCAGCUAAACCGCGCGACCCACCCACAGACGCGCGAAAGUGCCACGACAACCAUCUACGAGAAAUACGACGCAGCAUUUGAAAAGUUAGGCCUUACUCCAUACGACCGAUACAAGCUGCGACAGCGGGGCGAGACCAAGUUGCUCCGGCUCGCCAGUGUUCUGGAACAAAAAGCCGAGGGGACAGAGUACGAGGUCGCCAAAAAAGCAGAGACCGUCUGCAGGUCAGCCGGUGUCGCAAACACCGACAGGCUCCGCAUCUUGCAUGCCGUGGACCAGGCGCAGUGGGACUGCUUGCAACUCGACCACCAGGGGAAGUUGCUUGGUUUGUGUUACAACUCGGACGAAAGUCAGAAAAACUUCCAAAAGUUGCAAGGGCCGAACCUCGUGACGACGACAACGGCGCACAACCUCCCACCAACAACGCAAAUAUGGACGCCGCUGCCCUUCGCGGGUCUACCCCGAAAGCGCGACGACGACAAUUACGCGUCUCUCUGCCAGGCGUAUUUGUUUUUGAUCGAAGUGAACCGCUACGCCCCAAUCGCUUUGCGGGAGUUAUUUGCUGGCGGCGCCGUGCUCCCAACCGUGCCCAUCACGUUCCUACAAGACCAAGCAAGCUGGAAUCGCCGCGCGGCUUACUUUUUAUCCCAGCUUGCGAAACUAAUGAUCCAGACGCCAAUACUCCACCGCCUCGAUAACAGCGUUGCAAUUUCGGGGGACUUGAAACUUUUGAACAAGGAGCUACAGUAUGUGUUAACGAAUCCGGACCAGGUCACGACGUUGCGCGAAGGCCUGGAGCGGUUGCGGGAUUGCCUCGCACAGGAGCAGCGGGCCAGCGUAGCCAGCCGGGAUCUUGCGCUUUUUGACGAGGCUUCCAUGUUCGCCGGGGGCAGCAAGGAAGCUUUCAAGGCUUGCGAGAAAGUAAUCAACGCCCGAUAUAGUGGGGCCGGAUACCGUUGGUGUGGGAUCCUCUACAUGCUGCAGUACGUGGGCGAAAACUAUGACGGGCUGCGCCUUCUGCUAGCUUCCACGGGCGCAAAGAAGGGGACAAAGAUCGCCAACGUUCUCGAAAUUCUGAACCGAGUAACGCCGAAGGCGAUCCGCGUGACCGUCACCACCUGGGCGCCGUACUUCGAGUUCUACCAAGAAAUCUCCUGCAGGGCAAGCGAAAAAUCCAACAACUGGUCCUUCAUCCAGAGCAGCGUGGAAAAGUUGCAGACGCCGGUAGUAAAGCAGGAGGCCAACCCCCUCGCGCUGGAAGUAGAUGGGCAGGACCUUGCGCAGGCACUGCGGUGCUACUUCUUCUCUGCUGCCUCGGUAUGGGCCGGGGAAUCCGCGACACUGCUCCCUUUUGCGGCCUUUCAGCAGACCGACCCGGAGCUGCAACACCAGCAACAGCUUCAGGCCAACCUCAUCUCCCUCGGCUCCCACCUGCACAAGGCGGUGGAACGCAUACCCGAACGGCUCCGACCGCCUUUGGUGAUGCAACAACUUUACUCCGACUUGCACGCGGCGAAAGCGGCCGGCGCGUCUACGGUCCCAGCGGCAGCAAGAACCUACCUGCAGAGGGCCCUACGGACUAGUUUGCGCGACGAGAAGCUUCAGGAGGACGCUUUUCAUGGGGCGGGGGUCAAGAAUCUGUCGGCGACACACCGGGAAAUUCCAAUUGGAGUGCAAGAGGGAAAAAUACUACCGGGUGCCCCCCGUCUUCCUUUGGCGACCCGACACGACAAACUUGACCGCGAAGGGAAAGAUGACUAUCCGCGAAGUAAGUUCCUGCCGCGCCCCCCUUGUGAGCUCGGGGAUUCCGGCGACCUGAUGAACAAGACCUACGGCGACUUGUUGCACGAGCGGGGAACGGACCUGGCCGCGAAUGGUUCGGAGGAGCGCGAGGAGCUGAAGGCGCGGUUUGACGGAUUGGCGAGGAGGAAUCAGCGCGCGGACAUUUUGCAGGACGAAAUCCAGCUACCGCAGUGGCCACGCCUGCGGGAGGAGAUUCUGCAUGGAACGGCGUCGCCGGCGCCGUUCGUCCAGGCAUUUGCCCUUGCCGCCGCCGCGAACUUCCCGCAGCAGAAGUUCACUCAGCAGCAGCAGCAACCUGCGCCAGCAACUGUCUUCUCGGCCCCCCUGGAGGAGCACAUGGCCUACGCGAAAUCCUGCGGCAAGCUCUUGGUCUUGGCACAGCAAAGUCCGAUCCUGCUCUGGCACAAAAAGCAGCGGCAGUACUACUGGUAUCUCGGUGUGCGCGACUUUUAUGUUUGUGUUCAGCGACAGAGCCUGACCGAGAUUCCUGGGACUUCUUCAAGCGUCGGUGGCGGCCGGAUCGGUAAUGGGGUCGGCAGUCUGCUUGCGGCCCCCGGCGGCGUGAGCAGCAGUAGCAGCAGCAGCAAUCCCUCAAAACGAUACGGCUUCCAAAUUUUCCCGGCAGAAGAAGCAGCACCCCCGUCCGGGGAGGUGAUGUUCUACCACAAGAACAGCCGCACGCGGAUCGCGCUGCUGGGCGACACCUGGUAUGCGGCGCGCUGCGACCGCGGAUUCGUGCGCGACAAUGUGCUUUUUUUCGAACAGCCCGAGGUCUACCACACUUUCCGGACGUUUUUGGAAGUCGAACACAUCGCGACCAGCGAGCUUGUGACCAUCAUGGCGUAUGAGUUUAGUCGCGGCGGCGCCGACAGUGCUACUGCCCCCACCGGCAGCAGCAGUAGCAGCAGCAGCAGCAGUAGCUCCGCCAGCACUCUGCUCGGUCCCGCCUCUUCUGCAGUGCCUGUUUCGCAACUUCGACCCGCCGUCCCAUCCUACAGCGACAUUGCCGGCCGGCUGAAGAAGAAGUGCCGCCAGGACCUGGAGGAGUUGUGGCGGGGGGAGAAAAUGUUUGUUCUCGAGGAGAACCCACUCGAAACAACUGACCGCGACAUCUUCUUUUCCGAGCCCUCCCUGCCAGUCCAGCCGCAACAAGCCCCGGCCACAACGCGAGAGCGGUCGCCGCGCCGCGAACCGGGCCCCACGAUCAAUACUGGAUCAGCUGCAAAUGGAACGGAGCCGGCCGCCGGUAUUGUUGCUGCCCGGGUCAAGUCCUCCCACAGUGUCCUCGUCAAGCCGCGCGCGGAGCGGGAGCUGGCGCGGGUUUUUUGCACGUUCUGCGACGACGUUAUGCCAGUGAGAAGUGUCCCCGUCGCAACCCCAAUCCAAAACAGUUUCUAUGUGCCUGCGCCCAAGCUGGCGACCUUCCUAUGCAUGCAAAAGCCUGCGGGCUGGUUCUACGUUCCUGCACCCCACACCCCCGACCGCCCCUCGUCGGGUUUGCAGCUGGUUUGAUUUUGUAUAGGCGCAUGGCGCCUCCCUGGGGGCCAACUUUGUCUUGCAUAUUAGGCGCCCGGCGACGUAUGUAUUUUCCCCUCCGGGGCCGUCCGAUGGCGGACCACCGGCCAGCAGGCACAUAGAAAGUCUUUGUUUGGGGGUGGGACGGGGACAUUUUUCAAUGGAAUCGUCGAGAUAGGGGUAGUAUUUAUCGGACAAUGCAGCGCCGCGCCGGAGAAGUGCAGGACGCGGCUCACGCAGCUCGUCGCGAAACCGCCGGCCGCCCCCACCCAAGCCUCCCAGAAAGCGGACGCCAACAAAAAUCAGACGGAGUGGACGACCACGGUGGGCAUCAGCAGCGACGACGACCGCCUGAACUGGGAGAGGAUCUUGAGGUGGGUGCCCCAGCGCACCAAGCUGCACUGUGCGUGCAGGAUGGACAUCGACGAUGGGGGCACUGCAGCCGAAAAUCUGAACCCAUUCAAAUUUGAAAGAGGGCAGGACCUCCACGCAAACGCUUUUUCAAACGCUUGAACACGCAGAAAGAAAUAUGAAAAAACAAACCCGAAUUCUGGGGAUAUGGGUUCUUCCCCCAGAAAACAACUUACUAACUUCACCCCCCUAUCCAGUGUGUUCCUGCCAAACAUGUACUUCGGCCGUUUUUCUGGUCUAAUCAAGUGCGUUCUUAGAGGGCAUCUUCUUUAGAUUGGUUUGGACUAGGAACAACGACAUAAUUGUAGCGGUUUUAUGAUAUCUACUUGCGGACAGUGUGUAGCAGGUGCAGGCGGUUGGGAACAAUGAAACAGAAAAGAUUGACUUGGACCACUUGGUGAGAUGACAAGCAACUAAGUACGCGGUGAAAGGUCCCGCAGUUUUUACGACACAUGCGCAAAGUACAAAAACAAGAAAUGGUUUAGUAGGGCGUGGUGAGCAGUGAGCAUUUGCUCAAGUGAUGAAGACGAAGAGAAACGAUCUUCCGUAAGAACGUGACGCACCCUGAAAAUACUGCGAAAGAAGUUUUGCAGAAACAGUAUUAGUUUUGCAAGACAACAACCUCGCUAGUGGUUUUUCACGAGGACUAGAAACGGAUUCAGUGACCGGAAAAAUCGUGCGCACAAGUUGCUGACACUCGCUCUAUUCCUGUAUUGAAUCGUGAGAAAAGUUGACAACUUGUCAGAAAUCACCAGCGGGGGCCCCGUCGGAAUGUGUGAAAAUUACAGACAAGUGCAGCGGAGUGGUUUACUCAAAAAACGAGUUGAAUAGCAUAGUAGUACUUGCAGGUACAAAACCUCCAACUGCGAAGACGAAGAUCGCUGAGCUACCAGCAGGCGCCGAAUAUCUGAGAUAGAAAGGAAAUUCCUGCACGAGUUGACUUGCCUUUGGUGAAAUGUGAGAAACUGUUCAUAUUAUGAUUUUCCUCGUGGUCCGGUCCCGGUCGUCGAAUUCGAAAGUAGUCACUUAUAGUGUAUGCAAAGAUGGAGUCUCUCUUAGUUAACAUCAGACGUCGAUGACAUGAGAGACGCAACGCGAGCUGGCUCACGACCUUUCGAUCCGCUUGUAGAGGUGGACAUAUCGACGAUAUUCAUCGCUCAGGGAAUCGAUCCUCGCCCAAGAUGAUCGUCGUGGUCCCGGGACGAGCUCAAAAUAUCCCUUCCAAAACAACAAAUGACAUGUUCACGCUGCAUAUAGAUUUAGCUUAUCGCUUAGGGCACAACAAGAUGCACAUUUUCAUUGUUUUUCUCGUGCUAAAGAGCAAUACUGCUUGACUUGCUCGUGCCUUGAUACAAGGUGUGCGAAUCGUCGUUACCUCCAUAGGAGGAGCUGUCUAAUCGUUACUCUCGCACGACGAGAGGUGUGAGGGCGUCAAGUCGGCUAGUGCAGCGUCGUGUUGCGACGUAUACUUCGUGCAAGAACUGCAGCUCGGAAAAUAAAUGCAAUGCAGCUUCUGAAUGUCAACACCUAGUCCGGGCGCCAGCUGCUGGAUCAAAUUGAGAAAAAUUCUGGUUUUUUGCAGAGCACCCUAACCCCAGCUGCAAGGAAAAAUGUCUGUGGGAUUGAAGUCACCACACAUCCAAGAAUUUAUCGAGCAGGGGUUUCGUCCCACGGCUCUUCGAGUCAGAAGGGGCGGAUCACCUGCAUUGACCGGCUCGCCUGCAGGACGAGGAUGUUGCGCCUUCUCAUCGCACGACAUGCAGGAACACGGCGGCUCAUACAGACUGAAUUGCGACAGCCACGGCGCGGCCCCUUCAGAAGGACAACUGAGCGCUCGCUCGAAUAAAUCUUCGACCUGUUUUUUUUCAAGCGCACCUGCAUUCAAUCUGCCGCGGUCAGCAUUGCCCACGAGGUCAACAUCUUCCAAGGACUAUUCCUGGCCCUGGGAUAAUGAAGAUGAAAGUUUUGCAGGAGGAGGAUUACUGCUAGCUGCCGGUGGCGGUCGUGGUCCUGGCGCGCGUGGUUCCACGAGGGAAUUACGCGGAGGUCACACAGGACCGGCGUUGGGGGCAUGCUCUCAAUUAUCAGCACGGAGUUCAGCAGCACACGGGAAGAGCGCAUCUACUUCCAGCUUCCUCUCAAUGAUCCACCAGGACGCCUCUACGGGACAGCGCCGGAAGAUACGAGUCGCGAGAACUACACGAAGGCGGACCUCGUUUUUCGUCGUGCCGCAGGCUUUAUGAAAUGCAAAAGCAUCGUACUAGUAUAAAUCGCAUGACAAAUUCCCUCAGCAUGAAAAAUGGAAUUUGUAAUGCGGAUUUAGGUUAAGAUGGAGAUUUGUAAUGCAUGAAUGCGAUUACUACGAGUACGAUACUUUUGCACAGGAUAGGCUUUGAAGGGGGUCUUGGGCAUGCAGUCGCUGAACAAGAUCGAGGAUAACCAGAUGCGGGUGUGUAUGGAAGCGUCAGGUUUGAAAUCGUCAAAGUUGAAAUAAUUUGUAAUGCAUAAAAUGCAUGACCCGGGGCACGUGUGUUGCAGAGCAGGCAAGUGAGGCCGAUUGUAAGCCUGUUUAGGGUUACAGCUCGAGCUGCUAAAGUAGCAUGAGAAAUUCGCUCUUCUUUGCCUAAACAGCAUGACAAAGUGGAUUUAGGGAUCACCGAAAUUUGUCUUGCGCCACUUGAAAACUGGGUUCCAACUGGCAUCCGUUUUAUGCAUGACAAAUUAUUUCAACUUUGUCGAUUUCAACUCUGACACAUCCAUAGUGUGGCUCUGGAACCAGUACCAGCAAAUACGGAGCAACGACCAACGAGCAAUGGACAGUAACGCGUUUUUGAACACCGGGUCGCCGGACGGACCGCCCUAUCAAGAGCAAAUAUGUCUGGGUCUGGAGGGUUGCAAGUUGUGACGCUAUCUCUGAAUUGCAAAAAAAUAAAAAUCUGUGUUGCAUGACCAGCAAGAGGAGUCCACUUUGUGCUACGCGGAGAGGGCAUUUUUCAUGCGGAGUAGGCAUCAGCAAGCCGUCUAAAAAUUUGCGAUGCUACGGCAUGCAUUACAGGCGUUAUGGGUCAUGGAAAAGCUGCAUGACAAACUUGUAUUUUUCUAGACCCAGACACUUUUGCAUUUGAUACGCCCGAAGAGUUCGCGAUGUCCGCGGAACACUGGUCCGAGGAAGCGCAAAGUCGAAUCAAGAAAGCGGUACUUGAACAACUUUGGAUGAUCUCAUGGAUUUGGUUUCAUCUCCUGCUUGAUGAAAGUAGAACAAUGUUGGCUCUGGCUUUGCACAAUUGUCGCGCUCUUUCUGCGUCAUGAAGAACAUAUGGACGUCGAAUUAAUACAACUCGAGUGAAAUACUGAACUACCUUGACAAAAAAACCAGGCAAUCGCGAUGCAGUUUGCGGUCGCAAAGGCCUCGCAAGCGGUGACGCUCGCACAGAACGCCACUUUAGACGCCGUGGACGCCGGAAAUCAGUGCCUGUGCCAGGAUUCAAAUCAUCUACGCUUGGUGAAAUAAAAAUAAACUACGUGCGAACUACACCUUCAUGCUUUACCUUUAAACAGAAUCACCAUGCAAUGUUUCGUGGCUCUGCACUAGGUAUAGAAGCGCGCGCGCAACGAAGUGCACCAUACGCACAAGAAGGACAAGAAUGAUCAUGGAAGAAAAAUUUGAUAUGUGCACUUCUCAUCUGACGAGUAGUGCGGUUCCCUUAUGACGAGGAUAGACAUAGACUCAAGAUGCAACAGUAUGCGCAACCACGACCGAUGUCUCAGCAUAUUCGUGCCUGCAAUUUCAUGAUGAGUGAGGACGUUUAUAACUACAUUUUUAUAUCAUGGAGGUGGUUCAUCGUUGUAGUUCUUUUGUCACUAGAAUACCAGGCCGCCCCGAUCGAGACUCUGCAGGACCUGCAUGCCGAAGUGGACAUGCUUCGCCGAAAAAACGACCGGCUGGUGAAAAUCUACAAGGAGCCUUAUGAAGAGAUGGUGCAGCGGGUGGCCGACAUGGACAAUGACCUGGCGGAUGCGAAGAAGAAAGGUUUCGUCAGUAAGGUGAGAAGUGCGGUCGGGGAGACCGCGACGGCGGCGAAAGGAGCUGUGACCUCCGCAGCAAGCUCGGCGAAAGAUCUAGUGAGCAAAAUCAUUCCAGGAGGCACAGCGUCCAACAAUGCGGCCGUGAUGGCGUAGCAGGUCGUCAAAGAGUGCUUUGCGGCACUGCAGCUGCGUUUUUCCUUUUCGAUGCUCUUGGUAGCGAAGAUCAUGACGCGGCGACUUUUGCAUCUGCCUUCUUCUAACGUAGGUAUCACCUUAUAUCCAAAGACAAGGACGUGAGCGAUUGGUUCCUAUCCAGUGACAGUACGGACAUGAUGAUGAUACCCCUUUCCUUAAAGUGCGUCUGUGUGGCAUUCCGCUGCAUAAAAAUUGGUCGCACACUUUUUGCUCAGGAAAAUAAAACCCACUACGUUGCCACGCCUACGCCCGUGUGUGAGUUUGUAGUAGAAAAUUCUACUGUUUUGCUGUAUGAUGAUCUUGAUUUGCGUGUUGCGUUGGCGGCAAAAGAUGGACAGUAUCGGGACAAGACACGAUAAGCUGUUUCUGUUGCUGAGCUUUUUUUUGUUUCGGAUAAAGUUCUGAACCAUACACGAUAUGGAAAACGU